AUGCUGCUGAUCAUUGAAGCUCUUCUCAUUUCAGCUGCUCUAGGAAAGGAUCACAGAGCUGCUGCUGUUGAAGGACAGAUAUUUCCAUUGAAUAUGGCACUGAAUUCAGUUGAUGAUCAAUAUAAGGGCUGUAGAGAGAAAAUGGCUGAACUGGUGAAGACAAAAUAUAUGAAGCGAGAAAUGUCUAACCCCGAAUCUGAUUUUGCACAUGCUUGGAAAGAUGCUGAAAAGAAGUACAAGCCACCAGGAGAAAACUUGACAAAUAAUCAUUCAAUUGCUAUUUAUGUGUACACGACCUCAGGUUUUGAGGUAUAUAAGUCAUUUAAUGAAGCUGAUCGUAAAGACAAGAGAGAAUACCAAAACCAAACAUACAAUUGGUAUUCAAUUCACUUUCUGUUAACAGAUGCCAUACAGAUUCUGAAGAAAACACAAAAUAAAUGCUAUGAUACUUAUCGUGGUACAAAGCUUGAAUAUAUAAAGAAUGUUCGGAACAAAAAAGUUCGUUUUGGCUCAUUUACUUCCUCUAUUGAUCGUAACAUAGCAAAGUUUUUUGGAACUGUAUCUUGUUUUGAAAACCACACUUGUGAAGGUGCUGAGGUGACAAAAUAUUCAAAGCUUUCUCGUGAGAAAGAGGUGCUGAUUCCUCCAUAUGAGACGUUUAAAGUUACUGCUGUCAGGACAGAGAGACGUCAGAAAGAUCUCUGGUGUGACACUGUGUUCACUUUGGAAACCUCUGUUAAGAGAAGUGACCUCAACUGUGCUCUAUUCAAGAAACCAGCCAAGACCUUAACAAAAUACUAUGCUGAGUAUAGAAUAAUGCUUUAA